AUGCCGUCGGUUGUCAGCGGGCCGCAUGCAGAGUCCAUUCUCUGUUCCCUGAGCCCAGAGGAGGUUGAUAUGCUGCGCGACGCAUUCAUUUAUAUGGAUCGUGACAAUGACGGUCAUGUAAGUAGGGACGAGCUGCUCACAAUGGUGCACCGCUGUGUGGGCGAUGAGCGCUUUUCCCCACUCAAGGAAUACCUGGUGCCUCUCUUUGAUGUGGCGGACAAGGAUAAGGACGAUAAACUGAGCCUCACCGAGUUCUUGCUGUCGUUUGCAGACGGACCAGGGGUGGUUCCCGCGGAGGUCAUCAGUAGCUGCGUGUCGUCUAUCCGUGUGCGUCUCACUGACGAGGAAAUUGAAACACUCCAGGAGACAUUCCGUCGCAUUGACACAAAGGCCGAUGGUUUUAUUGAUAAGGAGGAGCUCAUUGUCGCUCUCAAGGAAAACCUUAAGCACCGUUUCCCCGAUUUGCAUGACAAUAACUUCAACGACAUUGUGGCGGUUAUAAUGGCCAGUGCAGACACCGACCGUGAUGGUCGUUUGUGCCUUUCAGAGUUUAUUCGCUCAUUUCAGGAGGAUCAAGGUGUGCUACCAGCAGCCUUCUUGGAUGCUGGGGCACGUAAAUUGGUACAGAAACUAACUCCGGCUGAAAUUGAGAUUCUCAAAGAGGCCUUUGCCGUGUUGGAUAAAAACCACGAUGGUUACUUGGAGUACUCUGACAUAUAUGAUGCUCUGUGGGAGACAAUUUUUGACAGUUCAGGGGAUAAAACCCAGAUACGUGAGCUUUGUGAUCUCAUCAUGGUUACCGCUGAUCACGAAAAAAGAGGGA